UAGGCGGCCCGACACGAACCGCCUGGACAGGCAGCAGCAGGGAUUUGAAUAUAAAGGGAAACACUUUGGCAUCUCCAAGCAAAACCCCAGUUCUGCACUCGCUUCUUAUUCCACCCUACUUUACCUCUCAACUAACUAUUUUAGUUAUUGUCUAGUUUAGUCUUAUUUUUCUACAAAAUGACUGGUAGCCCGCUGACUGGGUUGCUGGUUGCGCUGUGCGUAAGCAGCGCAGUCCAUUGUUUGCCCAAAAAUCAUGUGAAGAGCAAAAGACACGUCGGGCAGCAACAAGUUUAUCCCGAGCUCCGGGACGCAGUACCCGCUACUCAAGACGGCUGUGAAGAGAACGGCCGCUCAUACAGACCGAACGAGCAGUGGGAGAAAACCUACCGUGGAAGCACACUGGUAUGCACCUGCAACGGAGCAGCAGGGAUCAAAUGUAAAACAAAGAUUGAGGAGGAGUCCUGUUACGAUAAGUACAAUGACCGCACAUACCGGGUUGGAGAAACCUACGAGAGGCCGAAGGACGGGAUGAUGUGGGACUGCACCUGUCUUGGUUCUGGUCGAGCCAAAAUCAGCUGUACCAUCGCUAACCGUUGCCAUGAGGGUGGGAGAUCCUAUAAAAUUGGGGAUACUUGGCAAAGGCCUCAUGACGUUAAUGACUACAUGCUGGAGUGUGUGUGUCUCGGGAAUGGCAAGGGAGAGUGGACCUGCAAACCUGUGGCUGAGCGCUGCUAUGACAACUCUGCCGGAUCAUCCUAUGUUGUGGGGCAGACCUGGGAGAAACCAUACCAAGGCUGGAUGGUAAUAGACUGUACCUGUUUAGGAGAGGGCAAUGGGCGCAUCACAUGCACCUCCAGGAACCGUUGCAAUGACCCGGACACCAGGGCGUCCUACCGCAUUGGAGACACAUGGACCAAGGUUGACGCACAGGGACACCCUCUGCAGUGCCUGUGCACAGGAAAUGGCCGUGGAGAGUGGCGGUGUCAAAGACACACUUCCAAUCAAGCAGGCCGUGGUACAGCUCCUGUUUUGGUGACCCAGAUCCACCCCGUGCCCAUACCCCAGCCUGAUGCCGCUGCUGAGGGAACCUGCCGCACAGAUUCUGGAGCCACAUACUUCGACGGCCAGCGCUGGAUCAGGACCCAGGGCAGCAAGCAGAUGCUCUGCACCUGCUUGGGCAAUGGAAUCAGCUGCCAGGAUUGGGAGGCCCGGUCUCAGGUAUAUGGCGGAAACUCUGAUGGCCAGCCGUGUGCGUUCCCAUUUGUCUUCAUGGGGAAGACCUACUACUCCUGCACGUCAGAUGGACGCACAGACGGACAGCUCUGGUGCUCCACCACCUCAGACUAUGAAAGAGAUCAGCAGUACUCUUUCUGCACUGAGAAGAAUGCUUUGGUGGCGACACGAGGCGGAAACUCCAAUGCCGCCCUGUGUCACUUCCCCUUCCUCUACAACGGCCGUAACUACACCGACUGCACCUCUGACGGUCGCCGUGACAACAUGAAGUGGUGCGGCACCACGCACAACUAUGACGGAGAGCAGCGCUUUGGAUUCUGCCCCAUGGCUGCUCACGAGGAGGUGUGCACCACCAAUGAUGGAGUGAUGCACCGUGUAGGCGACACGUGGGACAAACGCCAUGAUGUCAUGGGUCACAUGAUGCAGUGCACAUGCCAGGGCAACGGCCGUGGGGAGUGGAGCUGCAUUGCUUACUCUCAGCUGCGAGACCAGUGCAUUGUGGAUGGUCUGACCUACGAGGUUAACCAGGAGUUCUCCAAGCGCCAUGACAUGGGCUACAUGAUGAACUGCACGUGCUACGGUCAGGGACGUGGACGCUGGAAGUGUGAUGCUAUUGACCAGUGUCAGGAGCCAGAGACCAGGACGUUCUAUCAGAUUGGAGAGUCCUGGGACAAAGUCAUCCACGGCAACCACUACCGCUGCUAUUGCUAUGGCAACGGGAUUGGUGAGCUGAGCUGCGAGCCCCAGCAGACAUUCCCAGGUGGCCACAGACCUGUGCAGGUGAUCAUCACAGAGGCAGGAAAACAGCCGGACUCCCACCCCAUUCAGUGGAACCCCCCCGCCUCUGCCCACAUUACCCAAUACGUUCUCAAAUGGAGAGUGAAAAACACCCGUGCCCCCUGGAGGGAGGUCACCAUCCCAGGCCACCUGAACUCAUACACCAUCUCUGGGCUGCGGCCAGGCAUCACCUACGAGGGUCAGCUUAUCAGCCUCCUGCGCUUUGGACGCCGGGAGGUCACACGCUUUGACUUCACCACCACCUAUGGCUCUCUGGAAACAUCAGAGGGAGAGACAACCCAGCCUCCUCCAGUCGUGGACACUUCUGAGUCAGUGACAGAGAUCACCUCCAACAGCUUCGUCGUCUCCUGGACUUCGGCCUCUGACACCAUCUCUGGCUUCAGGGUGGAGUACGAGCUCAGUGAGGAUGCGGCUACACGUAAAGUACUGGACCUGCCAAGCACAGCCACCUCUGUCAGCAUCAGUGACCUGCUGCCAGGACGCAGAUACAACGUCAACGUCUACGAGCUCCCCACAGAUGGACAGCCAACCCUCAUCCUCACUACCUCACAGACUACAGCACCUGAUGCCCCUACUCAGCAUGCGGUUGGUGAGGUAGGAGAGACCUCCAUCCAAGUCAGCUGGUCCAGGCCUCAGGCCCCUAUCACUGGUUACCGUGUGGUGUACACUCCAUCGGUGGAGGGCAGCAGCACCGAGCUGAACCUGCCAGAUACUGAGACCUCGGUGACCCUGGUUGACCUUCGCCCCGGUCUGCUCUAUAACAUCAGCAUCUACGCCGUGGAGGAGGACCAGGAGAGUGAGCCUGUUUUUGUACAGGUCCACACCGCCGGCUCACGUCUUCCAGCGGAGGUCCUGCCCCCCACAGACCUGCAGUUCUACGAAGUCUCAGAUGUGAACAUGGCCAUCACUUGGACCGGCCCGCCCAGUGAGGUAACUGGUUACAGGGUGACCUUCACCCCCGUCGGGCCUGACGGCACAGAGCAGAGGCACCUGCAGCUCCCCGUGUCACCCACCGCGUACGCUGAGAUCACCCACCUGCAGCCCGGCACGCUGUACCGCUUCUACAUCUAUGCCAUCAACGGAGGAGUGGAGAGCAAGCCGCUGGUGGGAGAGAAGUCUACCAAACCCGAUGCCCCCACCAAUGUGCGUUUCACUGACAUCGGCCCAGACAGUGCGAUAGUCAUCUGGGAGGUUCCCCGCUCGACUGUCACCGGCUACCGUCUCUUCCUGAGCUUCGGGGGCUCCAGCCCCACCCAGAAGAACAUCCCAAGUGGGGCUUCCCAGUUCCCUCUCAGGGGACUGCGCCCAGACACCCCCUACACUGUCACCCUGCACUCUGUGCGGGACAACGUGCUCAGUGAGGGUGUCACUGAAUAUUUCACCACCAUUCCACAGAUUGGUAAUGCGCCUCCCUUCAGCACCGAGGUCACUGACACCUCCAUCAUCAUCACCUGGAUACCCGUCCGCAGAUUCAGCUACAGGCUGUCUGUACGCCCCAGUCUGGAAGGUGAGGCACCCAGAGACGUGACCUCUGACUCCGGAAGUAUUUAUGUGUCUGGCCUGACCCCCGGGACCGAGUAUACCUACAGCGUUCAGCCCUUGUUCAACGGACGUAAUCGUGGAAACCCUGUCACCCGCACUGUUGUCACUUCCCUCUCUCCUCCCACUGACCUGAGUCUACAGUCCAACACGGACACAGGAGACCUCACUGUCAAGUGGGUAGGCGCCAAAACACCAGCAGACAUCACAGGCUACAGGGUGACAUGCACGCCGACCGACGGUCAGCGAGGAAACUCCCUGGAGGAGUUUGUCCAGCCUGAUCAGAACUCGUGCACACUGGAGAACCUGAGUCCGGGAGUGGAGUACAACGUCAGUGUGUUCACCGUCAAAGACCAUAUGGAGAGUGUACCCGUGUCCACCACUGUCACACCAGACAUACCACCACCAAGUCAUGUUGACUUUGUCGACAUUACUGAUACCACCAUUGGCCUGCGUUGGAUCCCUAUGAACUAUACAGCCAUUACCGGUUACCGGAUAACGGUGCUAACAGCAGGCGAGAGCCUGCCGAUCAUCCACGAUACGGUGAACGCAUCUGCCGGUUAUUACACAAUUCGCGGUUUGGAGCCUGGCGUGGACUAUGUCAUCAAUAUCUACACACUUACAGAGGAGGGGGAGAGUGAGCCGACCACACAUACAAAGCAAACAGAAACUGUCAUUCCUGCUCCAACCAACCUGAACUUUGGAGGGGUCGGCCCUGACCACAUAAGGGUCACCUGGACAGUCCCUAACGUCCCCUCGCUGAGCGACAUCUCGCGCUUUGUUAUCCGCUACCACCCUGUAGCCACUGACGAUGAUGUCAAGGAGGUUAAUGUGGGCGGAGCCACCAACACCUUCCUGUUGCAGAACCUACUGCCCAACACAGAAUACCGCAUCAGCGUUGUUUGUGUGUACGGGGAAAGAGAGAGCUCACCAGUCAGUGGAACUCAGAGAACUGCUCUGGACUCUCCUACUGGCUUGGACUUCUCGGACAUCCAGACCAACUCCUUCACCGUUCACUGGGUGGCCCCGACUGCUGUUAUCACCGGCUACCGGAUCCGCUAUCAGAAGACAAGUGGUGGGCGGGCCAAGGACGAGAGGCUGCCGCCAACCAGGACCCAGUACACCUUGACUGCACUGACACCAGAGACAGAGUACCUGAUCUAUGUGUACGCUGUCAAUGGCAACCAGGAGAGCCAGCCUCUGACCGGCACACAGGCCACCAUCUCUGAUGCCCCCACCGACCUGGAGGUGACAUUAACCACUCCCACUAGCAUAAACAUCCGCUGGGAUGCCCCCUCUGUCACAGUGAGGUACUACAGGAUCACCUAUGGAGAGACAGGUGGCCAAACUCCCGCUCAAGAAUUCACAAUCCCAGGCACCCAGACCACUGCCACCAUCAACAAUCUGAAGCCCAACACUGAUUACACCAUCACUGUCUAUGCCAUUAGUGGAAGAGGGGACAGCCCAGCCUCCAGCACCCCGAUCUACAUCACACACAAGACCGACACUCAGUCCCCCUCUGACAUGACGGUGACUGAUGUGAAAGACAAUGCCAUUACAGUGCGCUGGUCCCCUGCUCAGGGUCCCGUCAGAGGCUACAGAGUCACCAGCGUCCCCAAGAAUGGCCUGGGACCCUCUUACUCUGAGGUGGUGGGCCCUGGUCAGACGGAGAUGACGUUCACAGGCCUGAUGCCCACUGUAGAGUACGUCCUAAGUGUUUACGCCUUGGGAACCAAUGGAGAGCCCUCUUCCCCUCUGGUGGAGAAUGCUAUCACUGCGAUGGACCGUCCCAGGGACCUGACGUUUUCCGACAUCGACUCCACCACUAUGCGCAUCACCUGGGACAGUCCAGACGGCACGGUGACAUCAUAUCGCGUUCUGUACGCCAGUCCAGAGGAGGGUGAGAGGGAGCUGCGUCCAGCACCCAGAGGUGACCAGGACACCGUGGUGCUGACAGGCCUCCGCCCCGGGACAGAGUACACUGUGAAAGUCAUUGCCCUUCAUGACCGCACACCCAGCCCCCCACUGGUGGGAACACAGGCCACAGUAAUCCCUGCUCCAACCAACCUGGACAUCUCAGAGGUUCGCCCGUCCUCCUUCAUUGUGUCAUGGCGGGCACCCAACGCACGUCUGACAGGCUACCGCGUGGUCGUCAACCCUAAGAACAACAACGGCCCCACCAAGGAGAUGAACGUUGCUCCAGACACCACCCGUGUCACCGUCCCGGGACUCAUGGUAGCGACCACAUACCAGAUACACGUCUAUGCCCUGAAGAACUCUGUCACCAGCAGACCAUUGGAGGGAGAGGCUACCACACUGGAGGAUGUAAGUCCUCCUAGACGGGUGCGUAUCUCUGACGUGAAGGACAGCUCUAUUACACUAACUUGGCGCUCCAAGGUGGAGACCAUCACUGGCUUCCUCAUCGAAGCCACGCCCCUCGGUGGCACACGGCCCACAAUCAGAAGGACCAUCCCAGGAGAACAGCGCACCUACGUCCUGACAGGUCUGGAGCCAGGCACCACUUACACCAUUCACCUCUUUACCCUCAACGGCAACACAAAGAGUGAUCCCUUCACCCUCACUGCUGAAACAGCUAAACCUGCGGUCCAGGCUCCCACCAACAUCCAGUUCACAUCUUUGACCCCCAACUCCAUCUCCUUCACCUGGCAGCCGCCUGCCACCCGCAUCACAGGCUAUUACAUCACCUACGAAGAGUCAGGUGGAGCACCUCGUGAGCUCAUCCCACGCCCGCAUGCAGGCCAAAACUACGCCACCAUAUCUGGCCUGAGACCAGCCACAGAGUACAUCAUCAAGAUCAUCGCCCUACAGAAUACACAGAGAAGCACUCCUCUGGUGGGCAAAGCCAGGACUCACCCGGACUCUUUGCUUCCGUUGCCUCUGCCCAGCCGCCCCGGGGGCUCUGGCCACAGGCUGGAUGUGCCUGAGACUGAUACAGACAACAGUGUCCAGGUAGUGGGCACCAAUGGACAGGAUACGUUUGGUGGUCAUGGCCAGCAUGUGGAGUACACAGAGUACAACAACAAUGGAAACAAUGGAAACAAUGGAAACAAUGGAAACAAUGGGUAUAACGGGUACGGGAAUAAUGGCAGCCCGCAGUCGCCCUAUGGGCAAGUGCGUGAGCCGCUGGUCAUUGUGCCCCUCCCCGACGCAGAGGGCCAAAGGCUACCUGUCGUGAAGCUGAAUGUGCCCGUGGGCUCUGCAUUUGGUUUUCCAGAGAACGAGACAGGGCUGCCACAGGAGGCACAAACGCAGACCACCAUUUCCUGGCAGCCGUACAGGCAGAGCAAUGCAUACUUGGUCUCUUGCCAUCCACUCACGCACCUCAACGAGAAGAUGUUCCAGAUGCGCUUGCCAAAUACUGCUACCAGUGCCACUCUGAUUGGGCUGACCUCCGGAGCGUCCUAUAAUGUGAUUGUCGAGGCCCUGAAGGGGGCGCUCAAACACAAGAUACUGGAGGAAGUCAUCACCGCUGGGAACACAGUGACGAAUGGAGUGUCCUCCAACAAGGACGCAUGUUAUGACACCUUCACUGCAACCUACCAUGAUGUCGGUUCUGAGUGGGAGCGCAUGUCCGAGACAGGUUUCAAGCUGUGGUGCAGAUGCCUUGGACUGGGAAGCGGCCAUUUCAGAUGUGAUUCCUCCAAGUGGUGUCAUGACAAUGGCAACAACUAUCGCAUUGGAGAGAAGUGGGACCGCCGUGCAGAGAACGGUCACAUGAUGAGCUGCACUUGCCUGGGCAACGGCAAGGGAGAGUUCAAGUGUGAACCACAUGAAUCAGUGUGCUACGAUGAUGGUAAAACAUACCAGGUGGGCAACCAGUGGCAGAAGGAGUACCUGGGCGCUAUCUGCACUUGUACCUGCUACGGAGGACAACAGGGCUGGCGAUGCGAGAACUGCCGCAGACCGGGUGCUGAGGUGGACGCCAGCCUGCUGCAGCCUGUCAGAUACGGAGACAACACACUACGCAAACUGAAUAUUCAGUGCCCCAUCGAGUGCCUUCGACCUGAGCUGCUGGCAGAUGCACACGUUCCCCAUAAUCCUCGGGAGUAAACUCUCACCCAUCCGUUAUCUGCUUUGCCCUCCCCUCCACCGUCCAAAAGCUGUAAAGCCUCGCCCUACAGGAGCCUCCCUGGGACUGAACUCAACUAAGUGCCUUAUAAAUUUGUGACACAGAUCCAAAAUGUAACACUGCCCUGCUGCCUUGACACAUUGCUAUUGUUUGCUGGUUCUAUUUCAAAUGCCAGUCUUCUCACUGUUCCAAUGUUGACUGUCAAGUCUUUGGAUCUGUGCUCUAUUGGGAAGUGGCAGCUCCUGUCAUCUUCGUUUCCUUUACACCUUAAUGUCACAUUUCCUCAUGCGGCUUUAAGAGAGUUAAGACCCUCCCUGUUACAUUUGUGCGUGCUCCAAGGGGAGUUUAUUUACGACUUGUUGACCUUCAGACAUACAUACUUUACAAAAUUACUGCUAAAUGUUGCAUUAAGCCAUUUUCAACACCUCUUCAUAAUCAAAGAGUAGAAACUGUCAGAAAUUAAGCACUGUGUUAAAAGAAUGUUAUUGUAGCGAUUAACAAGGUUGUUGAUAAUGUCGGUGAAAAUGUGUUUUUCUUCUGUGGCCCCUGCUGUCUCUAGGGGUAGCACUGUGUGCAAUUGUCACUUACUGAAUUCUAAUUUUUCAAACUUUUGUUUCUCUAAUUUAUCCCUUUAAUCACAAUGUGUGAGUGCUUGAACUGGAGUGUGUGUAUUGGAACUGUUUUUAUUUUUGUAUGUUAUUGUUCAUGCCAAAGUUGUUUCUCCAUUUGACAAGAAGAAUCCCUUAUUUUAAUAAAGCUGGAGAGAACCUCA